AAUUCAAUAGCCUAAUCAACCAUUUAAAUACGGAUGUCUCGUACCGUAAAAUUUAAACAGCACACUUUCCUUCACUUCAUCCUCUCCAUUUCUUAAAGAAAAAAAAAAAAAAAAACCAACAAAGCCGUUAAAAAAAAUGAAAACACAAAGACAACCGCCAAUUUUCCUGCUCUCCCUCCUCCUUUUCACCACCGUACACUUCCACGUCAGGGCCGCUGAUUCCUCCUCUGACUCUCAAUCUAACAGCACCGAUUACAUCCGUACAAGCUGCGUAGCAACAUUGUAUCCUGACAUAUGCUACACCUCCCUCUCACGCUACGCGAGUGCUAUCCAGAAAAACCCUGAGAGACUAGCUCGCGUAGCGAUAGGUGUUAGUCUUUCAAGAGCACGCCAUAUGGCUGCUUAUGUGUCAAACCUCUCGCGCCAGGCCGAUUACGGCUCCGAUCCUCGUGCUGCUGCGGCUCUCCACGACUGUUUCUCUAACUUCGGAGAUGCAGUUGAUGAGAUCCGUGGCUCGCUCAAGCAGAUGCGCCAGCUUGGAACUGCAGGCUCGUCUGAGGAAGCGUUUCGGUUUCAAAUGAGUAAUGUGCAGACAUGGAUGAGUGCUGCUUUGACCGACGAGGACACAUGUACGGAUGGUUUUGAGGAUGUCGCUGAUGGACCGAUGAAGUCGGAGGUGUGUCAGCGUGCGGCUGAUGCGAAGAAGUUUGUGAGUAAUGCACUUGCGCUUGUGAACAAUUAUGCUGCUAAAGGAAUGGCAUGAUGAAUGUAAACUAAUUUGAUUUUUAUCAUUUUGUGUGCGAGUGGAAUACAUAGUAGGAAAUGUUUGCUUGCAUUUUGUAUAUUUUUCUUAUGGUAGAUUUCGGAGGUGGUGUUUGGUGUGUUCAGUUACUGCUUUCCUCGCUGAUUGGAGGAGUGAA